CUUUUCAGGGACAGGGAACUGCACAAAGCCUGGCUCACCAUUAAAAGGCUGGAUGACCUUGGGGAUGCGCCUCCCUUUCUCUGGGCAGCAGCAGGCCCUUUGGUAAUGGGUGGAAGUUGGCCGAGAUGGUCCCUAAGGGCCCUGGUGUGCCGAAGAGGCGGACAAAACUGAGGAGCGGGCGCUGCAAUCGGCUUUCCUGGCAGACCCAACUGUGAUGCUUCCUGACUGAUGAUGUUGUAACAGUGCCAACCAGGAAGCCAGAAGGCUGCGUUUUCAGCUGAACAUACCUGAGUUGUCCCCAUCACCAUGGAGACCCGAAAGGAUGAAGCUGUUCAGGCCAAGGGAGCAGCAGCCUCUGUGGACACCCAGGACCAAGGAGCAGAGAAAGGAGGCAAGCACAAGGCAGCUGAGACAACAGAAGGACCAGCAUCAGAGCCACCCUCAUCUGGCCCAGGUAGGCUGAAGAAAACUGCCAUGAAACUCUUUGGUGGCAAGAAGGGCAUCUGUACACUGCCUAGUUUCUUUGGAGGGGGACGGAGCAAAGGUUUUGGGAAAGGCAGCACCAAGAAGGGUCUUAGCAAGAGCAAGACCCAUGAUGGCCUGAGUGAGGCAGCCCGUAGCCAUGAAGACAUUGUCAGUGAAGGAACCGGCCUCUCCCUACCUUUGUCUGAGUCACCCUGCCAACUUCCCAGUUCCCAGAGUGCCCAUGGGGCUUUGGAGACAGGCUCCAGACGCAAGACAUCUGUGGCUGGAGCCACAGAGAAAGUUGGGGCAGAGAAGGCUCCCUCUGUGCCUAAGCCAAAGAAAGGCCUGAAAGGUUUUUUCAGCAGUAUCCGCCGUCACCGGAAGAGUAAAAUCUCUGGGGCUGAGCAAAGUGAACCAGAGGCCAAGGGGCCUGAGGAGCCCAGAGCAAGGUCUCAUGAGCAUGUGAGCUCAGCCCUUCUGUCCCAUGCUGAGGAAACCCUCCAAGCCCUAAGAAAGGAAAAUGCCAACCCCCAAGAUGCCCCUGGGUCAAAAGUUUCUUCAGCACCAGAGCCUUCUCCAGCAGCCAUGGACAAGACAGCUUGUAAAGAUCCAGAAAAACCCACGGAGGUGUGUGCCUCAGCACUCCUGCAGCCCAAGCCUGCCCCUGAAGCCAGUGGCCUAGAGGAGCCCCACAGCCCAGAAACAGGGGAGAAGGUGGUGGUAGGAGAGAUAAAUCUACCCAGUGGCCCUGUUGGGGACCAACUGAGCCUUUUGUUUGGAGAUGUCACCUCUCUGAAAAGUUUUGACUCACUGACAGGUUGUGGUGACAUCAUAGCAGAGCAGGACAUGGACAGUAUGACAGACAGCAUGGCCUCUGGAGGCCAGAGGGCCAAUCGCGAUGGGACCAAGCGAAGUUCCUGCUUGGUUACCUACCAAGGAGGUGGGGAGGAAAUGGCCUUGCCAGAUGAGGAUGACGAGGAAGAAGAGGAGGAAGAGGAGGUGGAAUUAGAGGAGGAAGGAAAGGGAGUCAAGGCAGAAGAAGACGAUGACCUAGAAUAUCUAUGGGCAAGUGCUCAGAUGUACCCAAGACCUAACCUGAAUCUGGGAUACCAUCCCACCACAUCCCCAGGCCACCACAGCUACAUGCUCUUUGACCCAGUUCAGUCUUAUCCUGGCCUAGCUCCUGGGGACCUUUUGACUCCUCAGAGUGACCAGCAAGAGUCUGCCCCCAAUAGUGACGAGGGUUAUUAUGACUCCACCACGCCUGGAUUUGAGGAUGAUUCAGGUGAGGCCCUGGGGCUUGUCCGCAGGGAUUGCCUGCCCCGAGACAGCUAUAGUGGAGAUGCCCUCUAUGAAUUCUAUGAGCCAGAUGACAGCCUUGAGAAUUCCCCACCUGGGGAUGACUGCCUUUAUGACCUCCAUGGUCGCAGCUCUGAGAUAUUUGACCCCUUCUUGAACUUUGAGCCCUUUUCUUCCUCUAGGCCACCUGGGGCAAUGGAGACAGAAGAAGAACGGCUAGUGACCAUCCAGAAGCAAUUGUUGUAUUGGGAGCUUCGGCGAGAGCAGCUUGAGGCCCGAGAGGCCCGGGAGGCACGUGCCCGAGAGGCUCACACCAGGGAAGCCCAUGCCCGAGAGGGCCACACCCAAGAAGCUCAUGUCAGAGAGGCCCGAGCGCAAGAGUCCUGCACCAGAGAGGCCUGUGCCCGAGAGGCUUGUGCUCGAGAGGCCCAAGUCCGAGAGGUCCAGGCACGGCAGGAGAAGCCCAUCAUGGAGUAUCAGAUGAGGCCUUUAGGCCCAUCAGUGAUGGGCCUGGUGGUAGGGGCAUCAGGGGCCUCUCAGACUUCCCACCGGGGAACCACAUCAGCUUUCCCUGCCACUUCAAGCAGCGAGCCAGACUGGAGGGACUUCCGUCCUCUGGAGAAGCGUUUUGAGGGAACCUGUUCCAAGAAGGAUCAAAGUACCUGCCUGAUGCAGCUCUUCCAGAGUGAUGCUAUGUUUGAACCAGACAUGCAAGAAGCAAAUUUUGGAGGCUCUCCCAGGAGGGCCUACCCUACUUAUUCACCCCCUGAGGAGCCAGAGGAAGAGGAGGUUGAGAAGGAAGGGAAUGCCACUGUGAGUUUCUCGCAAGCCCUUGUGGAGUUUACCAGCAAUGGUAACCUCUUCUCCAGCAUGUCAUGCAGCUCUGACUCUGACUCCUCGUUUACUCAAAACCUCCCACAGCUGCCACCCAUGGUGACCUUUGACAUCGCUGAUGUGGAAAGGGAUGGAGAAGGCAAAUGUGAAGAAAAUCCUGAAUUCCACAAUGAUGAGGACCUUGCAGCCUCCUUGGAAGCAUUUGAGCUGGGCUACUACCAGAAACACGCCUUCAACAACUACCGCAGCCGAUUCUACCAAGGUCUGCCCUGGGGUGUGAGCAGUCUCCCUCGAUACUUAGGACUGCCUGGCAUGCACCCUCGACCUCCACCUGCGGCCAUGGCCCUGAACAGGAGGAGCCGCUCCCUUGACACUGCAGAGACCCUAGAGCUAGAGCUCUCCAAUUCCCACCUGGCCCAGGGCUACAUGGAGUCUGAUGAGCUUCAGGCUCAGCAAGAAGAUUCAGAUGAAGAAGAAGAGGAGGAAGAAUGGGGCCAAGACAGUCCCUUGUCCCUCUAUACUGAACCUCCAGGGGCCUACGACUGGCCUGCCUGGGCUCCCUGUCCUCUCCCAGUGGGGCCAGGCCCUGCCUGGAUAAAUACUGGCCAGGUGGAUGGGCCUUCCAGCCAGUCUCCAUAUGGGCAGGCAGCCUGUUGUAUACCUCCUGUGGCUAUGUCAGUGUUGCUGUCAGUACCAGGGCCAGAGCCAAGGGCACCCAGGGAAUCUGGGCCCCAACCAGCUCGGCCUUCACACCUACCCCUGCCUAUGGGUCCUUGUUAUAAUCUCCAGCCACACGCCUCCCAGAGUGUGAGGGCCAGGCCUCGAGAUGUGCUGCUGCCUGUUGAUGAGCCCAGUUGCUCCUCCAGUUCUGGAGGCUUCAGCCCCAGCCCUCUGCCCCAGGCCAAGCCUGUGGGCAUCACCCAUGGCAUCCCUCAGCUGCCCAGGGUCCGGCCUCAGCCCAUUCACUAUGGGGCUUCCAGCCUUGACCUGUCAAAGGAGAGGGCUGAGCAAGGUGCCUCUCUCCCCACCAGUUACUCCUCCACUGCCGUGAAUGGAAACCUAGCUGAGUAGUCAUCAUCAAUUCUGGAGUGGGGGCAUGGGGCCUGAGCAUGUGAAUGGGGACCAGGGGUUGGGCAGAGGGGUUGGGGGUGGGGGUUGCUGUUUAACUUGAAAAUCCUUUUGGCCGAGGAAAGCUCCUGUGAGUUUUCGCCUUUAUUUUUCCCACUUCCCUCUUCUGCCAUCUGUGGCCACAUUCAGCUCAAGUACAUCUGCCCCGGGAGGCUGCUGCUGCUGCUGCUGCUGUGCUCCGGUUGUUGCUUUGGGGGUUUCUUCUUGUGACCCAUGCAGGGUUUGGGAUGCUGUAAUUUUGUGCCUAUUCCAGUUGCCGAGUUAGUGAUUAUAUAUACGAGUAUAGCAUGCAUCCUUGACACAGGCUGAACCCUUAGAACUCCCUGCCACCUCCCCCACCCAGUGAAUGAUGAACCACUGAUCAACAGCCAGGUCUGCACUGCCUCCCAUGUGGGGAUAGGGGGCUUGCUUGCUGUUAGCAAUGUGAAAUUACGGUACAGAUCCUCCCCAGCCCUACUCCCUUCUGUCUUGGCAUAGCUGCCACCAUUACAUCAGAUGACUAUAAUCUAUUUGCCCCAGCUAGCUGUCCUUAGAGAGGAUCAAGUAGUAUGUGUCUCACUGACUAUUGCUGUGGACUUUGGCAUCAUAACCAGAUGAGGGCCUUCUAAUCUGGCAGGCCGUAACUUGGGUUGAAGACAAAAAUGCUAAUCCCCUUAAUGGAGUGAUCAGAUUCAUCCAGGUGCAAACAGAAGACAAAAUAAGGUUCGAUCAUAGACACUGCUGUAAGUCUUGAACUCUGGAAUGAUAGGAUAUUUUCCUUCUUCCUCUCUUAAGCUUGUGACUUCCUGAGUUGCAGAUGCUUUUGAAUUUUAGUUCUUUUUUCCUCCAAAGGAAAUUUUCAUAGUCUCAUCACAAAGAAUACAUUCUUUUAAUUGAGAUACAAGAAGAGAAGUGGCCUAAAUUAGGCUUGGCUAUAGGGGUUGGGGUUUUUGUAGGUUGCAGGGAAAGGAUAGAAAAAGGAGAUCCAUUUGCCCCAGCCAGCAGGACAGGAUUUCAGACAUUGCAGAGCUCAAGGCAAUCCAGCUUCUUAGAAGGGAAAACUGCUUUCCCCUGAAAAACAAAAAGUUUCAUAUGCCUUGCUCACCCCUUCAUGUGGAUGCUGUAAAGAGGCUUCAGACUAACACUCCCAAGAGACGGGACACCAAAGGCUUCUAGGCUGCUCUUCUGGACUCUAAAGAGCUUUCAUCUUCCAAUUAGCUAAGUCCUUAGCACCAUCAAAGGACUGGGCUUCUUGAGAGGAAAGACUGUGACCUGCCCUCACUCUGCCAAGCUUCAGGACUGAUUUGCGUGGCAGUUACAGCCCUUUAUGGAAUGAAUUGGCACCCUCCCUUCUCCUGCAUCCACAGUUUUCAUGUGAAACUAGCUUGGAAAUGCUGGUGGGGAAAAGUUGCUGUCAGGAAGACAUUGCAACAGGCUAAUCUUUCCGAUCUCAACCUCAUUCAUCGCCAACACUAGAGGGUUCCUUUUAAAGUUCUUUAUUGGGAAUAGUAUAUGGAACAACUUUUGCCUGAAUAUGUUCACCCAAAUUAUGAUCCUUGCCCACACUGUCCCUGUUCUUGCCCCCACCCCCACCCAUCUCCUUGCCCGUUAAGGGAAGGGGUCAACAGGGCUCUCACCAUUCCUAAGAUAUGGCAGCUUGGCUUGGGAAUAGCUGCUGUUGUCCCCCCUCCCCCCAUCCCACCCCCGACUCACAAAGGUGACUAUAUGGGCAAACUACCCCUUGGCCAGGGGAUAUGUUUGCACUGGUCUUUGUCACCAUUUCUCAAAUUGGGGUUGGCCCAGUACCCGUGCCCCCAAAAUCAGGCUUAGCUGGUAGAAGCAGCACCCCUGGAAGCACCACACAAGUUUGCAUAGCACCGCCACCACUGCUCAAGGGACCCAGACCAGCUUUCCAGGCUGACUUUGUCUGCAUCGUGAAGAAAUGCGUCAGUCAUGGAGCUGGAAAAUGAAAUAGGGUGAAAGGCCCUCCUCACACCAAGCACAUUAUUCCAGGAGAAAAGUGCCCACAUUCCAACCUUCUGUCCUCUCACCAAAGCUGCCCUGGGAAAGUGGGGCUAAAAUGGGCCUGGCUGUUUGGCAGGAAGUAAACACUCACCAAAUGCCUUUACAACAGGGGAAAACCUACCACUUGCCUCCUCUGUCUCUGCUUGUCCUUUAAGGCAGCUCAAGCUCCUGUCUGGAUGUGGACUGUGGCAGCCACCACAGGUAGUAAAGCCAUCACCAGCCUCCAGCGCCCACUGGGCCACCAGCCUCUCUGGGAAGAGAAAAAGUAGGUGGUCAGCCUUUGGCCAAGGGCUGAGAGAGCUGUCCUCAGUGGCAAGAGGCAGCAUGAGGUGCUGCCUCUGAAGGGAGCAGUCAUAGGUCUGACAUACUUUGCUGGGCUUUGGAAGUUUGCAUACCACAGAGUAGGCCUAGGACUGAGCAGCAGCUUAUGGUUUGGACAACAUUACUGCCUGCAAGUCCUUUCGCUUUCUUGGCCAGCCCAGGAACAGCAUCCUCACCACCAGAAGUGGGGCAGUCAGGAUGCAUGGCUGCAGAAGCAGACUCCUCUAGAGUCUCCAGAUCUAAGUAGUUUGUGGCUAAGUCCCAGCUUCAGCCUAGAAGAGAAAGGAAGACCUGCCUGGGGACAUGUGAUGGCAGUGCAGGGUGACACUGGGAGAGCCAGCCAAGCUCUAGGCCUCUCCCCAAACAUAGGCCAGUGCUUGCUUGGCUGGAACCAAAUAUGCCCGGACUACUAAAGGUGUCAAUGUCAAGUCCACACCUCCUAGGCUGUGACUAGAUGAACACCGUGUCUGUAUUGCCAGGUCUUGGGAUAAUGCUUUUGGAUGAUACCUCAAGGGAAGAUAUGACUUGAAAGGAGGUGGCUGCCCUCAUCUAUCUACCCUGUAGGUUUAUCUAGUGCCAGACAGCUGUGAUCCUGAGAAUUCCCAGAUGACACUGGUCCUUGGGGGACCAGUGAUUGUGGCUAGAAAAGGACACCUAGGAGGCCUCUCCCAGGGCCGCCAGUUACUCGGUGCUUUAGCGCCUUCAAGGAAGCCCUGCCUUGGGGCCAUUAAGGCCUUCCCUGCCCAGCUGGACUUAGCUUGGGUACCAGUUCACGAGCCUCCUGGGCCAAAGGCUUCAGUCAACACCAGUCUCCCUCCCUCCUCUGUACUGUACCAAGGAGGGAAGUAGCUUCUGAUACCCAGGGUGCAUUCCCCUUAUCCUGCUGCCAGCAACUUUCCCACCCUUGCCAGUGCCACCACCCUACCUGCCCUCAGCCCCCGGGCCCUAUUACUAGAGGGAGGCAUGGGGGGUUUAGCAGGGAGACUUCAAGUUUACCCAUGUGUAUGUUGCAUCCAAGUUGUUUUUAAUAUAUAUAUAUAUCAAAAGUCAAUUAUCUAUUUUUGUAUUGUUUGCAUUUUAUAUUCAUGGAAAACGAUGUUUAUCAAUUGUUCUUUUCUGAUAUAUUUUAUUUUUAAGCGGUGCUGUUUACAGUUUUAAACAAAACAAAGAUGACACAAAAAUUGCUGCUGCUUGUGCAGAGGGCUGGCAUCUCAACUGGCCAGGGCCCUCACUCUUUCCCCUCUCCCCACCCCUGAUGUAUCGCACUGUCCUUCCCCUCCCUCCAUGAUAGGGACAGCAGAAGAUGCCCAGGUACUAAAUCAAAUGCCAGGUGACUCAGGCAUGUGGAACCUGGUAGACAGCGUGUCGUUUUAUGGCUUUAUUUUUUAUUUUGGAUCCUUUCCCCUGUUUGUAGACUUCCUGGAAGUACUCAUGUUUCUGUCUCUGUCUCUUUCUCUCUUUUUUAACUCUUUAUGUUUUGUGCUUUCGUUUUGAAACCAGAGUUCCCAUAUUGUGCUAUUUGUCAAGUUGAGUUUCUCCAGAGGAGUGUUUUGGGGACAGGGAUAUUCUCCACCCAGUGGGAAGGGUAGAGGGUUUCAACCAUGCCCUGUCUCCCCAAGAAGUUGGGGGAGACAGAUGGCAAUGAUGCUUGAACCAUCAAGAAUUAGCCAUCUCAUUGAGGAAAACCUUGCAUGGGACUCUGUAGGAACUCAGUUGAUUGGGAAAUUCACCCAGAAGAGACAUUGGGAACUCCUUGACCCCUCUUGCUGCUUUGGGAGAAAUCUCUCCCUCUACCACUGUUCCCCCUCCCUGCCCUGCUCCAGCUCACACAUGGAUGGUACUUUGGGGAACAGUGACAGGGUGAUGGCUUAUUGGCCUGAUCCCCAUUUUUCAUCCUAUAGUCACUCCAAAGAAGAAAAUCCACAUGGCAUGUAUAUGUAUAAGGGUUGGACUUACUGAGAGGUGGGGCUUUAAUUAUUAUUCUUGUUACUAUUGGUGCUUAUUUUCCCUGCUGUAUACGGGGGUGGGGGUGGGGGGAAGAAACCAGGAAUGUAUAUUUAGGUCAUGUUAAAUAAAAUGGCUGGGGGAUAGAAGGAAGAAAUUAGGAACUGCAGUACAUCCCCACCCUAGGUGUAAGAGUUCUUUCUCUCCCAGUGCAGAAAGGGGAGCAUGGCCCCUGGAUGUACCCUAGCUUCCUCUUCCCUGUCCCUGAGACAUCAUGGAAUUUCCUGGAUUGUGACCUCUCCAAUCCUUGUUCUCACAUCUGGAUAUCUUGAUGCACUGCCUGUUUGUAACAACAUAUAUUUCUUUGCUGAAUGCUAAUAAACUGGGUUCAAGAUGGAGCCCCCCAGUCACUAAAGUGCAUUCUUGUGGUUUGUUCCACAGCAGCAUGCUUGUGACCGAGCCAUAGUUUCAGGGUUUGUCCUUGAAAGGAAAAAAAACAAAAGCAAGGAGGUAGAAGGGGCACCCAGAAGUGGAAACAAGCCAGAGCUGAAAUUAAAAGUAGAGGAAACUUCAGUUCUUUAUCCAAGCCAUGCCCUGCAUCUCGGUAUGAUACUGUGUUGGUGAACUCUCCAUCACACCUUCCACACCCUAAGACUUGACAGGGGCUGCAAGCACUUCUGAAAUUAGCCUCCAUUCAUGUGAAUGUGCUGGCCUCCCCAACAGACAGGUGUGGGCCUCCUACUGACAGCUCCAUCAAAAAGAUAUAUCCAAUGGUAGGACUAUCAGGCCAAGCUGCAGGAAUGGCAUCCUUCACCCAGGCCUAUGAGCAGAGAUGACAUGCUGACCAGGUAGCUAACUGCCUGCUACAUCUGUUCAGCCAUGGGACAAAAUAAGGAGCAUGUGGCUUCUGCCCAUUACUGUAGGGUAUCUCAUGUGGUAGGCACCAGAGUUGUACCACAAUAUCCCAGUUACCUUGGAGUCAUGUCCUGGUUUCCCGACCUGUCCUAGCCUAGGCAGAAAUCACUUGCCCCUCUAUUAUACACAGAAAGGCCCACCUGUACCAUCAACUAGGAGAAGGUGAUUGUGCUAGUGGCUUUGGUUUCUCUAAUCCAGACUCUUACCCUUGGUCCCUGACAAGCAAGGGAGACAGACGUCUGCUGGUGGACUUCCUCGAAUUCCACCCAAUUGCCAUGUCCAAACCUGAAAAAGCAGCUGCUUGAAAAGUG